AUGGCGGCGCCCAGCGGCAGCGAUGGCGGCGCGGCCCGGUACUGCCUGGUGAGCGGCAUCCCGGCCUCGCUCCGCUCCGCGCACCUCCGCGCCUACUUCAGCCAGUUCCUGGAGGCCGACGGCUUCCUCUGCUUCCACUACCGGCACCGCCCCGAGCGCCCGCCAGCGGGCGACGGCGGCGGGGCCUCGGCGCCGCGCACCUGCUCCUGCCCGGUGGCCGUGCGGCCCGGCCGGGCCCGCCGCUUCGUCCGCAUGUACUCGGGAAAACGCUGGGUCGGGCCCGGCGGCGCCACGCUGCCCGGCCGCUGCCUCGUCCGCAGGGUCCGCCUGAGCCCCGGCACAGCGGCUCCUCCCGAGGGCCAGGACGGGGCUGGCACCGCCCCUGUCACCGAGGCGGAGCUGAAGCGGCUGCCCGAGUUCAACCCGCCCUCCUUCAUGCCCCGCGGCAACGUGGGCACCCCCCUGGGCGUGUUCCUGGAGCUGAUCCGCGCCUGCAGGCUGCCCCCCCGCGUCAUCGGCAAGCUGCAGCUGCAUUUCCCCCGCACGGGCUCCUCCCGCCGCUACGGCAGCGUGCCCUUCCAGUACCCGGGCACCCAGGCCCUGCCCGGGCAGGGAGGAGUCUACACGGCCGCGGGGGAUGAGAUCACCGAGGCGCAGCAGCCCGUGGGGCUGACUCAGCCAGCCCGGCCCCAGGAGGAUGAGGAGGGGCAGGAGCAGGAGGAAGAGGAGCAGAACUCGGGUGACGACGAUGACACGUGCGAGGAGUGGCAGCGGCACGCGGCGCUGCACGAGGACGUGACGCAGCAGGAGCGGGCGCGGGAGCGGCUCUUCGAGGAGGAGAUCGAGCUCAAGUGGGAGAAGGGCGGCUCCGGCCUCGUGUUCUACACGGAUGCCCAGUUCUGGCAGGAGCAGGAAGGAGACUUUGACGAGCAGACAGCCGACGACUGGGACGUGGACAUGAGCAUCUACUAUGACAAAGCAAGGCUUGCCAAAAAGAACAGGUUCUGCCUCCUGUGCUGGCGCUCUGGGGAGCACGCUGGUGGUGCCCAGCCUCGCUGGGCUGUGCUGACUGUGGCUUUGUCCCCAGAUGGAGGGGACAAGGACGCGCGGGACUCGGUGCGGAUGUGGCUGGAGCAGCGGCUGCGGGACGGGCUGGAGGAUGGCUCCGUGUCAGGGCAGCACAUUGGCACCUUCGAGAGGCACACCAGGGGCUUUGGCAGGAAGGUUCUGGAGCAGCAGGGCUGGACAGAGGGGCUGGGCCUGGGGAGCAGCAACUCUGGCAUGGCUGAAGCUCUGGACAACGAGGGCCAGAACCCCCGGUGCAAGAGGGGGCUGGGGUACCACGGGGAGAAGCUGCCAACCUUUGUGAGGAGGAAGAAGCCCCGUGGUGACAGCUCUGUUGUCAUCUCCACCAUCUACGAUGAGCCUGAGCCCCAGGACAUGGGUGACCAGCUGCUCAGGCGCCAGCCCCCCACGGCCAUGAAGUACAGACAGGACAUGGCCUUUGUCCGAGCGUCCCAGCCCGCCCUGGGCAGCCUCAGGGCCCAGCCACGCUGAGCAGGGGCUGUCACAGCCUUUGUCCUGCUCCCCAGUCCAGGCUGGCUCCUGGUCUGAGUGUAAGCAGGGUGGUUUUGUAUUUAUUUUUAACAAAAAUUCAGAUUUGUAAUUAAAAUCGCCACAGUGGGUUUUUUUUCCCCCACAAACUG